AUGCGGACCCCGCGAGGGCUCCCCUCCCGUCCGGCCCUACUGCUCCUGCUGCUGCUCCUGGGAGGAGCCCACGGCCUCUUCCCCGAGGAGCCGCCGCCGCUCAGCGUGGCCCCCAGGGACUACCUGAAUCACUAUCCCGUGUUCGUGGGCAGUGGGCCAGGACGCCUGACCCUCUCAGAAGACGCUGAUGACCUCAACAUCCAGCGAGUUCUACGGGUCAAUAGAACGCUGUUCAUCGGGGGCAGGGACAACCUGUACCGGGUGGAGCUGGAGCCCCCCACAUCAACGGAAAUGCGGUACCAGCGGAAGCUGACCUGGCGCUCCAACCCCAGCGACAUCAACGUGUGUCGGAUGAAGGGCAAGCAGGAGGGCGAGUGUCGAAAUUUUGUAAAGGUGCUUCUACUUCGGGACGAAUCCACCCUCUUCGUGUGUGGUUCCAAUGCCUUCAACCCCGUGUGUGCCAACUACAGCAUGGACACACUGCAGCCCCUUGGGGACAACAUCAGCGGCAUGGCCCGCUGCCCAUACGACCCCAAACACGCCAACGUUGCCCUCUUCUCUGAAGGGAUGCUCUUCACAGCCACCGUUACCGACUUCCUUGCCAUCGAUGCCGUCAUCUACCGCAGUCUUGGGGACCGGCCCACUCUGCGCACGGUGAAACACGACUCCAAGUGGUUCAAAGAGCCAUACUUUGUCCACGCGGUGGAGUGGGGCAGCCACAUCUAUUUCUUCUUCCGGGAGAUCGCAAUGGAGUUUAACUACCUGGAGAAGGUGGUGGUGUCCCGUGUGGCCCGGGUCUGCAAGAAUGACGUGGGCGGCUCCCCUCGCGUGCUGGAGAAGCAGUGGACAUCAUUCCUGAAGGCGCGGCUCAACUGCUCUGUGCCCGGGGACUCUCACUUCUACUUCAACGUGCUGCGGGCUGUCACGGGCGUGGUUAGCCUGGGGGGCCGGCCCGUGGUCCUUGCUGUUUUCUCCACGCCCAGCAACAGUAUCCCCGGCUCGGCUGUCUGCGCCUUUGACAUGACACAGGUGGCUGCCGUGUUUGAGGGCCGCUUCCGCGAGCAGAAGUCCCCUGAGUCCAUCUGGACACCCGUGCCAGAGGAUCAGGUGCCACGGCCCCGGCCCGGGUGCUGCGCAGCUCCUGGCAUGCAGUACAAUGCCUCGAGCGCCUUCCCGGACGAGAUCCUCAACUUCGUCAAGACGCACCCUCUGAUGGACGAGGCUGUGCCCUCCCUGGGCCACGCACCCUGGAUCGUUCGGACUCUGAUGCGGCACCAGCUAACACGAGUGGCUGUGGACGUGAGCGCCGGCCCCUGGGGCAACCAGACCGUUGUCUUCCUGGGGUCCGAGGCAGGCACAGUCCUCAAGUUCCUUGUCUGGCCCAACGCCAGUGCCUCGGGUACCACGGGACCCAGUGUCUUCCUGGAGGAAUUUGAGACCUACCGGCCUGACAGGUGUGGACAGUCUGAGGGUGGUGAGACAGGGCAGCGGCUGCUGAGCCUGGAGCUGGAUGCAGCUUCGGGCGGCCUGCUGGCAGCCUUCCCCCGCUGUGUGGUCCGAGUGCCUGUGGCGCGCUGCCAGCAAUACUCAGGAUGCAUGAAGAACUGCAUUGGCAGUCAGGACCCCUACUGCGGGUGGGCCCCGGAUGGCUCCUGCGUCUUCCUGAGCCCUGGCACCAGAGCCACCUUUGAGCAGGACGUGUCCGGGGCCAGCACUUCAGGCUUAGGGGACUGCACAGGACUCCUGCGCGCCAGCCUCUCGGAGGAGCGCGCUGGGCUGGUGUCGGUGAACCUGCUGGUAACGUCAUCGGUGGCGGCCUUCGUGGUGGGCGCCGUGGUGUCCGGCUUCAGCGUGGGGUGGUACGUGGGGCUCCGCGAGCGGCGCGAACUGGCCCGCCGCAAGGACAAGGAGGCCAUCCUAGCACACGGGGGCGGCGAGGCCGUGCUGAGCGUCAGCCGCCUAGGCGAGCGCCGGGCUGGCGGCCCCGGAGGCCGGGCCGGAGGCGGCGGCGGCGGGCCCGGGGGUCCCCCGGAGGCUCUGCUGGCGCCCCUGAUGCAGAACGGCUGGACCAAGGCCACGCUGCUGCAGGGCGGCCCCCACGACCUGGACUCGGGGCUGCUGCCCACGCCCGAGCAGACGCCGCUGCCCCAGAAGCGCUUGCCCACCCCGCACCCGCACCCCCUGGGCCCCCGCGCCUGGGAACACGGCCCCGCGCUGCUCACCGCCUCCGCCUCGUCCUCGCUCCUGCUGCUGGCCCCCGGCCGCGCCCCUGAGCCGCCCCCCGCGCCGGGCGAGCCGGCGGCCCCCGACGCCCGCCUCUUCACCGCGCGCCCGGGCCGCGCCUCCCACGGCGACUUCCCGCUUACCCCCCACGCCAGCCCGGACCGCCGGCGGGUGGUGUCGGCGCCCACGGGCCCCUCGGACCCCAGCUCGUCCGCCGAUGGCUUCCCGCGGCCCUGGAGCCCGCCGCCCACGGGCAGUCUCCGGAGACCAGGCGCGCACGCCCCGCCGGCCGCCGCGCUGCGCCGCACGCACACGAUCAACAGCGGCGAGGCCCGGCCCCGCGGCCGCCACGCCCGGCCGGUCACGGACUUGGCCCACCUGCUCUCCUACGGGGGCCCCGACAGGACUGCGCCCCCCGUGCCCUAG